CUCGCCAGUCCACCCCCCUUCGAAGCUGCGUACGCACACUCAAGACCUGUCAUCAACGAGGAGAAAGGUCAGCGUUGGCCGAAAAACCAAGGGGAGGAGAAGGAGGGCCAGGCCAAAAGAAUUCGAAAGGGCCCGUCGGACCUCCCCUUCAUCGCGAGCGGUACCAAGCCAGUCGCAUGCUCCUCCCCCGCCGUCUCCAUGACGAAAGAUAAAAAGCUCGGCCGGAUGUCCACGACACCGGCGGAGAAGCGCCGCUCCUUCAUCCCAGGCGGCAGCAGCAGUAGCAACAACAAGGAACACACCAGCGGUGGCGGAAGCAGCAGCGCCUCGAAUAGUAACGCUGCCGGCGGACCCUCGUCGUCCUCGGCCAAGCCGCCAACCUCGUCGUCCCAGCACGGCGGAGGCGGGUCGUCAAACGCCCACCACGUCCUGCACACCUCGAACCCGCGCACCAGCACCGCGAACAUCAUCGCCCCGCCUCCCCGCGCUCACCACGGCCCCGCGAACUCCUCCUCCGCGAGCCCGAACCCCGAGGACGGUGUCACAGCGGCCACGGCUUCGAGCAGCAGCAAAGAUGCUAAGGACAAGGACUCAAGACACAAGGAAGCCUCUGGCGGGGGCAACAACAGCAACGCUGCUGGCACCGCAGGCACCACCAGCCACGGCCACGGGGGCAUCUCCUCCUCGGCCCAGAUCAAAGAUAAGGACGCGCGCAUAGCGCACCUGGAGCGCGAGCUCGAAAUCAUGGAACGCGAGUUCACCAAGGAGCUGGACAAGCUCUCGCAAAACGAGAGCGAGACGGCUGUCUUCUGGCAGGCGAAGCACAGCGACGUCAACCAGCAGUUCCUUCGCGCCGACGCCGACCUGCGGCUCCUCAGGCAAGAGUCCGAGGCCCGGGACGCCGACCGCGACGCCCUGCGGCGCGAGGUGGGCGAGCUGCGGGUGCAGGUGCGCGGGCUCAAGGAGUUUGUGAGCACGAGCACGCGGACGAGCGGGCAGACUUCUGAUGAGGUGUUUUGCGAUGGCAUGGCGAGGUUGAGUAACGGGUUGCAGAAUUGGGUUAUUGUCAACUUUCGGAGGGCAAAGUUGGACUUUGCUGCAGCUAGCGACGACGUGCUCGAGGAGCUCGGCCAGCUGGUACCCAUGUACGCCGACCUCGAGCCCUCGGCAAAGGUUCACAUGCUGCAGUCAGUCGUCUCGCGCGUGCUCGUCGAGACAAUCUUCAACUCGUACUUCUUCGGCCUCCCCAAGGAGCAGGCCGAGCAGCUCAAGGCCGUGGAGCAGACCCUCUCAGGCUAUGUCGACUCGCUAGAAGCAAUCAACAACUGGCGCUCCACGACACUCGCCCUCCUCCAGCGUGAAGCGGACUCCAAAAUGCAAGCCGAGACGUUGGCAGCAACGGACCGCGUCAUCGCCCGCGUAAACCGCAUCCUCGACGCUGUCACGGACGCAGUCCCGGCCCCACCAGCCACGGGAGAGACCACGAACCCCCGCGACGCCGGUCUCCGCGCCCUAGUCGGCAGCGCCGCGGACCUCGCGCGGCAGCUCGCCGUGCAAAAGGCUGUCUUCCGGGUCCACAUGCCCGACAUUGUCCCGCAUCAGCAGACGAGGUUCGACGCCGCCACCAUGGAGGAUAUCGGCGGUGAGGAUGAGGAGGCGCUGUCGCAGCGCGAUAUCGCGUGCGUCACGUUCCCCGGCAUCAUUAAGCGCGGGGACGAGAACGGGGGCCACAUGCAGUAUCAGAAUGUCAUUGCCAAGGCCAGGGUGAUAUGUAGUCCCGAAUAA